GAGACGACUGAACUUGCGCAGUGAUGUCCCCAGACUGACCACUUUCUCAUGGUUCAUGAUGUCCUUGUUUUCAUCAUUUGGUGAUCGGGGUAAGCAGGACUGGGCCAAUUGUGGUGAGGGUUUCUCAGACAUGAUUGAAGACCGGGAACCAGCCAGAAAAACAGGGAAAAAGAGAAAAUCACGAGAACCAGCUUCAUCCAUGCAUGGAAAUAUAUUUGAAAAACUUGGCUUAGGGGAGCAAAGUGGUGGGAGCAUACAGUGGAGCUCAAGUGAAGAGGAAGGAAAAGCCACUGAGGCUCCUCCAGCUGCUCCUGCGUCUGUCAGCAAGAGGCUCCGAGCGACUGAGGCCCCUGUGAACAAGAGGCCCCGUCAUGCAUCCACAUCAGCCUCCCGGCCACACAGGCAAACAAAGGCAUUGUCAAACUCUGCAAAAAAAACAUCAGUUGGAAAGGACUCAUUUAAAGCAGACACACUGUCUAAAGAGACCAUGUGUUGUGACUCAGUUGCUAGUAGGGAAGCAGAGAUAGCGGGCUUUGAUUCAGAUGAUGACAAUAGACUGGUAGUGGAUCUGCCAGAGGAAGAAGCUGAGAGCCAGCCCUCCAUAUCAAGUGUUGGAUCUCCAGAGAAGCCGGGCACCAGUAGUCGAAGGACUGCCAGUGAUUGGCUGCAGUCCAUUCAGCUGACCACACCCACAAAAACUGCUGACCAAUCACAGACUGAAGCUCCUGAUGACUCAGCAAAGAAGAAAAAGAAACAGAACAAGUCUGGGCUGGCCGGUCAACUGGCUCGUAUUCAGCAGCGUGAGAGAUCGGCCGUGCGUAUGUGGAGCCACCAGCGCGGGAAACCUUCACCUUCACAAGAUUCUCGGUCAGUGACAAUGGAGGUGCUAGGACUGGAGACAGUGUGUUCCCUGCAACUGGCCAGAUGUCGCCCUGCCCUGCCUGUUCCCAGUUCAGAAAAUACCCCAUCCUCACAGCUUGUACUGUUUCCUGACCCUCAGGCGCAGCAGCUUUCACUGAGCGUGGGUGCCAGGUUGAAGAUAUACCCUCCAUGGCAGCAGUUGGAGCUUGGAAGGUCUCAGCAGGUGUUGCUGUGUACCCGCUACUGCCAGUUGCUCACCCCAGAAGACCCUGCCCCACCCCCUGGGGCCAACACAGAUACACCAGCCUUGCUUUCCGUGGCUGCAGACCAGUCAGAUACCCACACCUCCACCACCACAACUCAGUACACUGCCCCUGUCAAGCUGACAUGGAACUGCCCUUGUGUUCAAGGUUUGUGUAGGAACAUGUCUCUGUGCCCAGCUAGUCAGUUUCCAACAGCUCCUGGCCUUAUACAGGAACCAUCUUCAUCAAAGUCAAGUAGCAAUAAUCCUCAGGGUAAAGAUACAAAUUCAAAUGUGCUAAAAUCCACUAGUCAUCUACAUACUGUGUCCACUAGGGGGAGUAACUCCACAGUGGAUUGCUCCUCAGGGAAGACUGUUUGUGACUCCAUAUUGGAGAGUAUUCAGGGGAGGUCACUUGAGGAGGAGGAUAGUUCAUCACCGGUGCUGCCUUUCAGAGCUCAUGUGCACAGAUGUGUCAUCCAAAAAACAGAAAAUGGGAAAAAGAGGGUGUGUAUGUUUGUGGAGGACCCGGUUGGGCUUGUCUGUCAAGUUCUUUUGUCAGGGGAGGGUGUGGUUGUCGAUGAAAUUGGCGGCCAUACAGCAGAGUUCUCAGGGCUGAUUGUUCAAGACAGACUCACCAGGGACAGAUCUGAGGCAGUGUUUUCCAUGGUGGACAGCCUGUGGUCGGGCAAGAGAAAGGCUGUCAGCCAGGACAGUGCCUCCUCACAGGUGGAGAGUGGUGAAGGUCAGGGCUUCUGUUAUGUUGUGUCAGACAGUGAAGAGAGCCCAGGGAAGGUGUCCCCCUGCCCUAAACCCCUGCUGAAGUCCAUCCCACUAACCUUUACCCCCUUGGCCUCCCUCCCUGGAGCACUGCAGUCAGGACAGAGGCGUAACACACAGGCCAGGCUUCUCUAUCUCCACACACAGGACACUGCCAAGUGUGGUUACACAAUGUAUGUCUGGGAUGGGAGCAUAAAGGCACCACAGGGUUACACCAGGGUUAAAGCCUCCCCCGGGCUCUACUUUCCAAACUGGCUUACAGCCGCAUCGGGAUCCACAUGUGUAUCACUCCUAGAUCUCACACAGCAAGAUGGCAUGUACCUGGAUGAGUAUAGUUCAGUGCGUGAAUUGAAGCAGCCACCUAGAGCCCUGAAGUCCCUGUCCUCUGUCCGCCUACCUGCCUUCCAGACCAGCAUGUCUGCUGGUGACCUCUGUACUGUGCAGGGCACAAUAGUUGAGGUAGAUGAAGAGUCUGCAUACAGCUGGGAGGUGUGUGUGCACUGUGGUAGUGACCAGCUCAACACUCAUUUAGGGGAGAUUCAGUGUACAGCAUGUAAGGGAAUGAUGGCUGAGGGUAUCACCAGGAUGAAGAUGGAGGUCAUCGUCUCCUGUAGCCCGUCUGAGGCCACUGUACGGCUUAAUUUGCUACAGUCAACCAUAGAGAGCCUGUUGCCAGCAGAUGAGGAGGAUGAUGAAGGCUACGAGCUCUCCAGUGUACUACACAGGGCCCUGGGGCCCCUCCCCUGUCAUGUGACCAGUCAGUCACCCAGCCCCGCCCUACUAUCCCAGAUAGAGCCCCUCUCAUAGAACUGGUGAACAACAAGGGGAUAUAAGCUCUCCCUGUACAAGGCCCUGGAAAUCAUGAUAGCACUGUACCUGUGCAUGUUGUUUUAGUCUGUUAGGCUUUAGUUUAAGUUUACCUAGAAAGUAAAGUAUAACCCUAAACUGCCUUGGUUUUGAAAGUCAAACCUGUUAAACCAAAGCAAAAAAUACAUAGCAAGGCAUAAGUCAAUUCGCAAUAUCAUGUCAAUUGUUUGACUAAGAAGCUGUAAAUCCAUGUAAACAGCAAUGUUCAUUGAAGGAUUUGUGUGUAUUAUAUAAAAAUACAACCAUUAAAACAGUUUGGAAUUCAGCCUAGCUUGAAACAUAUUCAAACAUAUUUUUUCUUCAUUUAACUGUGAUAAUGUCUGUGUUGUCUGUUGUUUUUGUAGUUAUUUCUUUUGCAUGUGUUACAAGUUCCCUUAAAAUACUUGUACUUAAAAUUGGCGUGCUUUAGUUUUUUAAAAGGCAUUACAUGUCAUUUGAAAAUGAAUUUAUUUAAAUUAUACUCUAUGUAAUAGUUACUGAUCUUGCUACCUGAGUUACUGAAAGUAUACAUAAUUGCAAAUUGUGAGCUGUAUCAUUUCAAUCAAGAGUGUUAUGGGUUAAGUAUGUGUUCUGUACCAUGUUGUCAGGAGCAACGUUCAAUAACUAGCUUCAUAUAAGUGAAUAGCAUGGUAAGUUAUCACAUGAUAGUAAUUGCAUGGUUAAGCUCCACCUACUUGUUAUCUUCCCGAUAUGGGAGUUAACGCAUAGACAACGACAAUGAAAAUAUUAUUCAACAUAGUACUAGUAGAAGUUAAUGAAUUGAUAAUAAAAUAUAUCCACUUGAUCUUAAGUGGAGUAAUACAGCAAGUUGUCAGGAGCACAAUAUUUAACUGCACCAAAAAGAAAGCAGAAAUGUUCAUGUAAAAAUAACUUUUAAUACAUAAGCUUAAAACAGUAUUUAAAUGUCAGGUUAAUUCAAUGACUUAAAGUAUAUUCAUCACAUUGUAAGGUGAAAUAAGAGGGACUCAGCAUGAACCAAAUGUGUAUACUAUAAGAUAAAACUGAUGUUAUACCAAUUCUGGCACAUUGGGAAAGCAAUGGCUUUUUGUGUGGUUAUCUAUAAUGAAGUUCUAUGGAAAUGACAGAAGCACUCUGAAGACCACUGAAAGUUGUUCUGCAAAGGUUAACACACCUGAUAUCAAUGAUAUGAGUUGGCAUGUGUAAUAAGAUAAGAUUGAUUUAAAGUGAGCAAGGCAAGAUACAAUAAACAUGAGCUUGCAAAGUUUUUUCUUUACAACAAUGGAGUAAAAAGUGAAUUAAUUCAUCCUAGUGCAAUACUGUUUUUCCAUGUGUUCAUAUAAAGUUUUAUUAAAAAUCCACUAUCGUAUUAUUUUCUGGGUUCUCAUUAUGAGCUAGUGUACUCAACUAUGACCUUCAUUAUAUCUAUGCUUAUCAUUAUGAGCUAGUAUUUUUUACAUUGACCUUCAUUAAGAGCUAGUGUAUUUGACACCGACCUGCAUUUUGUCUAAGCUUCUAAUUGUAAGUUAGUAUAUUUGUCAAUAACAUCUUUUAUGUAUCUCCUCAGCAUGAGCUAGUAUAUUCGUUAUUGUACUUUAUUAUGUUUAAUUUCAUUAUGAGCUAGUAUUUCGACAUUUACCUCUAUUAUGUCUCUUGACAUUAUGAGGUAGUACUUUAGAAUUUACAUUUCUCUUCUUAUUAUGAGCUAGUAUAUUUGUUACUGACCUUUAUUAUAUCUAUGCUUCUUAUUAUGAGCUACAUGUAGGAUAUUCGUCAUUGAUCUUCAUUAUGUUUAUGCUUCUUAUUAUGAGCUACAUGUAGGAUAUUCAUCAUUGAUCUUCAUUAUGUUUAUGCUUCUUAUUAUGAGCUAGUAUAUUCAUCAUUGAUCUUCAUUAUGUUUAUGCUUCUUAUUAUGAGCUAGUAUAUUCAUCAUUGAUCUUCAUUAUGUUUAUGCUUCUUAUUAUGAGCUAGUAUAUUCAUCAUUGAUCUUCAUUAUGUUUAUGCUUCUUAUUAUGAGCUAGUAUAUUCAUCAUUGAUCUUCAUUAUGUUUAUGCUUCUCAAUAUGAGCUAGUAUAUUCAUCAUUGAUCUUCAUUAUGUUUAUGCUUCUCAAUAUAAGCUAGUAUAUUCAUCAUUGAUCUUCAUUAUGUUUAUGCUUCUCAAUAUAAGCUAGUAUAUUCAUCAUUGAUCUUCAUUAUGUUUAUGCUUCUCAUUAUGAGCUAGUAUAUUUAACAUUGACCUUCAUUAUAUCUAUGCUUCUCAUUAUGAGCUAGUAUAGUCAUCAUUGAUCUUCAUUAUGUUUAAUUUCAUUAUGAGCUAGUAUUUUGACAUUUACCUCUAUUAUGUCUAGUCUUCUUAUAAUGCUACGGUUCUCGGCCAUCAUGGCUGUGUGUGUACUGUUGAUUUCUAGCAAUAAUUAUAGGACAAUAUAAUUUUAUGUUCUUUUAAACUGUAAAUCUUUAUUCUUCUUAACACUAAUGGAGUAAGGCAGCAUUUAUUUUGUGUGUUGUUAAUGUGUUAAUUGUAUUAUAAUAAAAAGUUAUUGAUAUUA